AUGGGCCGCAAGGAAGAGGAUGACAGCAGCUCCUGGAAGAAACAGACGAGCAAUAUCAGAAAGACGUUCAUUUUCAUGGAGGCGCUGGGAUCAGGUGCGUUUUCAGAAGUUUUCUUGGUGAAACAAAGAAGCACUGGGAAGCUCUUUGCUCUGAAGUGCAUCAAGAAGUCCCCGCUCACAAGGGACAGCAGCUUGGAGAAUGAGAUAGCAGUGCUGAAAAAAAUAAAGCACGAAAACAUCGUGACUUUGGAAGACAUCUAUGAGAGCACAACCCACUUCUACCUGGUGAUGCAGCUGGUGUCGGGUGGAGAGCUGUUCGACAGGAUCUUGGAACGAGGGGUCUACACUGAGAAAGAUGCGAGCGUGGUGAUCCACCAGGUCCUGACAGCCGUGAAAUACCUGCAUGAAAACGGGAUUGUCCACCGUGACCUGAAGCCUGAAAACCUUCUUUACCUCACUCCUGAAGAGAACUCCAAAAUCAUGAUUACAGACUUUGGUUUGUCCAAGAUGGAGCAGAACGGCAUCAUGUCCACUGCCUGCGGGACGCCAGGAUAUGUUGCUCCUGAAGUCCUCGCCCAGAAACCGUACAGCAAAGCUGUGGACUGCUGGUCCAUCGGAGUCAUCACCUACAUCCUGCUGUGUGGGUACCCACCUUUCUACGAAGAGACCGAGUCCAAGCUGUUUGAAAAGAUCAAGGAAGGCUACUACGAGUUUGAGUCUCCUUUUUGGGAUGACAUCUCCGAGUCAGCCAAGGAUUUCAUCAGGCACUUGCUGGAGAAGAACCCGGACACAAGGUUUUCCUGUGAAGAAGCCCUGAGGCACCCAUGGAUUAAUGGAAAUACAGCCCUUCACCGUGACAUAUACCCAUCUGUCAGUGCUCAGAUUCAGAAAAACUUUGCAAAGAGCAAAUGGAGGCAAGCCUUCAAUGCCGCAGCCGUGGUGCACCACAUGAGGAAGCUGCACAUGAAUGGCCACGCCACGGCUGGCAGCACCCACCCAAUUAUACAAGGCUCUGAAGCACCCAGACCCAGCACACCCAACACCACGCAGCCAGCAAUGCCCAGCAAGGACGAGGACAUGUCACUGCCCCAGGUCCCCUGUCCGGCCCCUCCUGCUCCGCUGGAGCAAGGCACAGGAAUGAGAGAGAGCAAGCUGCAAAGCCCCCCAGUGAAUGGAUCACCGGACAACCAGAGCCCGCCAGCCAGAUCGUGUGGCUGCAGCCCAGUGUGCACAGGGCAUGAGAGAGCCAAGGCAUCUUUCUGCUCCGAGAUGGUGCUCCUUAAAAAACCUGCAAAAUCCCACCAUUUCAAAUCAGAAGUUCUCGUUCCAAUGAAGACUGGUAAGCACUCAUCUCACUGUGGCACUGGGCAAACUGGAGUUUGUUUGAUCAUGUGA